UGGCUGCAUCGACAGCUUGCAACACUCGGCAUCUUUUCUGGAGGCGCCUCCUUCAGCGGCCGCAGAUGGCAUCCGGCUGCGGGCUCAGGGCUUGCAAUUGAUUCUCCCACUUGCCCACCUCGAGUCCACGGACGCACCUCUCCCUUCCCCUCCUCCCUUUGCGCUCCUGGGUCUGAGCCCAGCUCGCGACCGCCGGGCAGAGGAUCAGUCGCGGCGGCCGAGGCUGAGCAGCAGCCCUCUCGCUCCCUGACCUGGGGAGAAGCGCCCACCCGGGAGAGCUGAUCCCCGGCUGCUUCCAGCGCCCCCCACCUUUUGCACUCCAAGCCGGGGGCUCCAGAGACCCCGCUCCCCAGGCGCCACUAUGCUGGACCCUUCGUCCAGCGAAGAAGAAUCGGAUGAGAUCGUGGAGGAGGAAAGCGGCAAGGAGGUGCUCGGCUCGGCCGCGUCCGGCGCGCGCCUGUCUCCCAUUUCCUUCUCACUGAAUGCCACUGACAUUGUGUUGAGGAGCUUCGUGGAGGUUGGUCAGGUAACCUACAUCUUCUUUGGACCUUAUGUUGGAAAAUUGGUCACAACUGUAGAUGUUAUUGAUCAGAAUGGGGCUUUGGUCGAAAGACCUUGCACUCAAAUCAGCAAACAGCAGCUGCAGACAGUCAAGGACAGGUUUCAGGCUUUCCUCAAUGGGGAAACCCAGAUCAUGGCUGACGAAGCCUUCAUGAACGCUGUGCAGAGUUACUAUGAGGUGUUCCUGAAGAGCGACCGUGUGGCCCGCAUGGUGCAGAGUGGAGGCUGUUCUGCCAACGACUCCCGGGAGGUCUUCAAGAAGCACAUUGAGAAGAGGGUGCGCAGCCUGCCCGAGAUUGAUGGCCUCAGCAAGGAGACUGUGCUGAGCUCCUGGAUGGCCAAAUUUGAUGCCAUCUACCGUGGAGAAGAGGACCCCCGGAAGCAGCAGGCCCGGAUGACAGCCAGCGCAGCCUCCGAGCUGAUUCUGAGCAAGGAGCAACUCUAUGAGAUGUUCCAGAACAUUCUUGGGAUCAAGAAGUUCGAACAUCAGCUCCUGUACAAUGCCUGCCAGCUGGACAAUCCAGACGAGCAAGCAGCCCAGAUCAGACGAGAGCUGGAUGGACGUCUACAAAUGGCAGACCAAAUAGCCAGGGAACGCAAAUUUCCCAAGUUUGUAUCCAAAGAAAUGGAAAACAUGUACAUUGAGGAGCUGAAGUCAUCUGUCAACCUGCUCAUGGCCAACUUGGAGAGCAUGCCAGUAUCCAAAGGCGGGGAGUUCAAGCUCCAGAAACUCAAACGCAGCCACAAUGCUUCCAUCAUCGACAUGGGCGAGGAGAGUGAGAACCAACUCUCCAAGUCAGACGUCGUGCUGUCUUUCUCAUUGGAGGUGGUAAUCAUGGAAGUCCAAGGCCUGAAAUCUUUGGCUCCAAAUCGCAUCGUAUACUGUACAAUGGAGGUGGAAGGAGGAGAGAAACUACAGACUGAUCAGGCCGAGGCUUCUAAACCAACCUGGGGCACCCAGGGUGACUUCUCCACAACCCAUGCACUGCCAGCUGUGAAGGUGAAGCUGUUCACAGAGAGCACAGGCGUCCUGGCCUUGGAGGACAAGGAGCUCGGGCGGGUUAUUCUCCAUCCCACCCCGAACAGCCCCAAACAGUCAGAGUGGCACAAAAUGGCAGUCUCCAAAAACUGCCCUGACCAAGAUCUGAAAAUCAAACUUGCUGUCCGAAUGGAUAAGCCUCAAAACAUGAAGCAUUCUGGGUAUUUAUGGGCCAUCGGUAAGAAUGUCUGGAAGAGAUGGAAGAAAAGGUUUUUUGUAUUGGUGCAGGUCAGUCAGUACACAUUUGCCAUGUGCAGUUAUCGGGAGAAGAAAGCGGAGCCUCAGGAACUUCUACAAUUGGAUGGCUACACUGUGGAUUACACCGACCCCCAGCCAGGUUUGGAGGGUGGCCGAGCCUUCUUCAAUGCCGUCAAAGAGGGAGACACCGUGAUAUUUGCCAGUGACGAUGAACAAGACCGCAUCCUGUGGGUCCAGGCCAUGUACCGGGCCACGGGGCAGUCACACAAGCCUGUGCCCCCGACCCAAGUCCAGAAACUCAACGCCAAGGGAGGAAAUGUGCCUCAGCUGGAUGCCCCUAUCUCUCAAUUUUACGCAGAUAGAGCUCAAAAACAUGGCAUGGAUGAAUUUAUCUCUUCCAACCCCUGUAACUUUGACCACGCUUCCCUCUUUGAGAUGGUACAACGCCUUACUUUGGAUCACAGACUUAAUGAUUCCUAUUCUUGCCUGGGCUGGUUCAGUCCUGGCCAGGUGUUUGUACUAGACGAGUAUUGCGCCCGAAAUGGAGUCCGAGGGUGUCACCGACAUCUCUGCUACCUCAGAGACUUGCUUGAACGGGCAGAAAAUGGCGCCAUGAUCGACCCCACCCUUCUUCACUACAGCUUUGCCUUCUGUGCAUCCCAUGUCCAUGGGAACAGGCCUGAUGGAAUCGGAACUGUGACUGUUGAAGAAAAGGAACGUUUUGAAGAAAUCAAAGAGAGGCUCCGAGUUCUGCUAGAAAAUCAGAUUACACAUUUUAGGUAUUGCUUUCCAUUUGGUCGACCUGAAGGUGCUUUGAAAGCUACUCUCUCACUCUUGGAAAGGGUUUUGAUGAAAGAUAUUGUUACCCCAGUGCCACAAGAGGAGGUGAAAACAGUCAUCCGUAAAUGUCUGGAACAGGCUGCGUUAGUCAACUAUUCUCGGCUCUCAGAGUAUGCCAAAAUCGAAGAGAAUCAAAAGGAUGCAGAAAAUGUAGGCCGAUUAAUCACUCCUGCCAAAAAACUUGAAGAUACAAUACGUCUUGCUGAACUAGUCAUUGAAGUUCUUCAGCAAAAUGAGGAGCACCAUGCAGAGCCACAUGUUGAUAAAGGAGAAGCCUUUGCGUGGUGGUCAGAUUUAAUGGUGGAGCAUGCAGAGACGUUCCUGUCACUCUUUGCAGUAGACAUGGAUGCAGCCUUAGAGGUGCAACCUCCAGAUACAUGGGACAGUUUUCCACUGUUUCAGCUGCUGAAUGAUUUUCUCCGUACUGACUAUAAUUUGCGCAAUGGAAAAUUUCACAAACACCUGCAAGACCUGUUUGCCCCACUUGUUGUUAGAUAUGUGGAUCUGAUGGAGUCCUCAAUUGCACAAUCCAUUCACAGGGGCUUUGAGCGGGAGUCAUGGGAACCAGUCAAGAGUUUAACCAGUAACCUACCCAAUGUGAACCUACCCAAUGUGAACCUUCCCAAAGUACCAAAUCUACCAGUUAACAUCCCUCUAGGCAUCCCACAAAUGCCUACUUUUUCGGCACCGUCAUGGAUGGCUGCUAUAUAUGAUGCGGAUAAUGGGUCAGGCACCUCAGAAGAUCUGUUUUGGAAACUUGACGCCCUUCAGACCUUCAUUCGGGACUUGCACUGGCCUGAAGAAGAGUUUGGAAAGCACCUGGAACAACGGCUGAAGUUGAUGGCAAGUGACAUGAUCGAAUCUUGUGUCAAAAGAACCAGGAUUGCAUUUGAAGUUAAGCUGCAAAAAACCAGUCGAUCAACAGAUUUUCGAGUCCCACAGUCAAUAUGCACCAUGUUUAAUGUUAUGGUUGAUGCCAAAGCUCAAUCAACAAAACUUUGCAGCAUGGAAAUGGGCCAAGAGCAUCAAUACCAUUCAAAAAUAGACGAACUAAUUGAAGAAACUGUUAAAGAAAUGAUAACACUCUUGGUUGCAAAGUUCGUUACUAUCUUGGAAGGAGUGCUGGCAAAAUUAUCCAGAUAUGAUGAAGGGACUUUGUUUUCUUCGUUUCUGUCAUUUACCGUGAAGGCAGCUUCCAAAUAUGUGGAUGUACCUAAACCUGGGAUGGAUGUGGCCGACGCCUACGUGACUUUCGUCCGCCAUUCUCAGGAUGUCCUGCGUGAUAAGGUCAAUGAGGAGAUGUACAUAGAAAGGUUAUUUGAUCAAUGGUACAACAGCUCCAUGAACGUGAUCUGCACCUGGUUGACGGACCGGAUGGACUUACAGCUUCACAUUUAUCAGUUGAAAACACUAAUUAGGAUGGUAAAGAAAACCUACAGAGAUUUCCGAUUGCAAGGGGUCCUGGACUCCACCUUAAACAGCAAGACCUAUGAAACAAUCCGAAACCGUCUCACUGUGGAGGAAGCCACAGCAUCAGUGAGCGAAGGUGGGGGACUGCAGGGGAUUAGUAUGAAGGACAGCGAUGAGGAAGACGAAGAAGACGAUUAGACCGUUUGGUCCUAGAGUCCGCUGGGACAGAGUCCUGUAAUCAGUGCAUGUCCUUAGUCUGUUAGUUAAACCCAUUAGGGAAUUUUCUGUCAACUACCAUGCCCAUGAGAUGUUUAUCAAUACAACUGCCAUUUUAGCUAUGUGGUACCAAGAUUAGCAAAUGACCUUCAUAUCCACUGAUUUCCUGAUGUCCAUGUCUAUAUGUUUACAAGCAAUAUGGAGCACCAUUCUUUAAAUACUGUUCAUGGAGAAUACAUAGUCUUACCACUAGGCGUGUCCCUGUUAUCAGCAAAGAUCAAUGAUGCUUCAUUAAUGUACUGUGUAUGCAUUGGUGGUAAAUGGAUGUGAGGGCAAGUAUACCAAGUACAUUCACUGUGUUUCACGUAUGUGGAUGCCAGUUAAUUAAAUGAGUACAUAAAUAAAUUAAUUAAAACACAUAGAUCUGCUUUGUGUUUUUAUUUUUAUUUUUUGAAAAACAAAAGGCAAGUCUCCAAUGAUCAACUUUUGAUUCUUUCUGUUCCCCUAAAACUAAAAAAUGAACCCCUUGUGUCCUUGUUAACCCAUCCUUUCAUUUACUCAAAUAAUUAGCCAAAAAAGGAUGGCUACAUACCAAUGGAUUGAUUCUCUUAAUUGCCAUGGCAAGUGGGCAAUCCUAUCAUGACUUAACAUCAAGCACACAGUUCAAAACUACUGUCUUCUGUCAAAGUUUUCUCCUCUUAAAUGUUAUUUUGCUUUUAUGUCUCAACUGUGUAUGUAAAAAAAAAAAAAAAAAAAAAGAAUAUUUAAAUUACAACCCUAGACUAAAAAAUGUGUUUAUAAUAAGAUGUGGAUAUUUCCUUCAGUAGAUUGUAACCAUAAUUUAAAUUAUUUUGUUCCACACUGUUUUUUAUAUCUGUCAUGUACAUUGCAUUUUGAUCUGUAACUGCACAACCCUGGGGUUUGCUGCAGAGCUAUUUCUUUCCAUGUAAAGUAGUGGAUCCAUCUUGCUUUUGCCUUAUAUAAAGCCUACAGUUAUGGAAGUGUGGAAAACUGUGGCUUCUCAAUAAAUAUUCAAAUGUCCUAAGAAUA